AUGGAGGAGGAGGGGGUGAAGGAGGGGGGCGAGAAGCCCCAGCGAGCGCGGACGGCGGACAAGGCGGGCUGGAUCAAGAAGAGCAGCGGGGGCUUCUUAGGGCUCUGGAAAGACCGCUACCUGCUCCUCUGCCAGGCCCAGCUGCUGGUCUACGAGAAUGAGGACGAGCAGAAGUGUGUGGAGACAGUGGAGCUGGGCAGCUAUGAGAAGUGCCAGGACCUUCGUGCCCUCCUCAAGCGGAAACACCGAUUUAUCCUGCUGCGAUCCCCAGGGAACAAGGUCAGCAACAUCAAGUUCCAAGCACCCAGUGGGGAGGAGAAGGAAUCCUGGAUCAAAGCCCUCAAUGAAGGGAUCAGCCGAGGCAAGAACAAGGCUUUCGAUGAGAUAAAGGUGGACAAGAGCUGUGCGCUGGAGCAUGUGACCCGGAACCGAGUGCGCGGGGGCCAGCAGCGCCGGCCGCCUACGAGAAUCCACCUGAAGGAGGUAGCCAACGCAGCUUCUGAUGGACUUUCACGCCUGGACCUCGAUGCUCUGGACAGCAGGCCGCCAGGGCUUACCCCCGACAAUGAUGUCAGUGCAGCCCAGCCCCGAGAGGCACCCCGGCCCCUCAUGCCUCCCACCAAGCCCUCCCCGGCUCCCGAGGUGACCGUCCUUGGUGACAGAGUGGAAACCCCUGUGGGGCAGAGAGCCCCAACCCCUGUCUCCGCAAGCUCUGAAGGGCAGCCUGAGAGCCAGCAAGACUCAGAGACGGCCGUGGGCGAGGACAGUGCCUCUGAGCAGCUCCCCAGGGUCCUGCCUGAGAAGCUGAAGGUGAGCUGGGACAACUCCACCCCUGAGGAGCCCCCUGCGCCUGAGAGUGCGGGGCCAGCCGAGGCGCCCUGUUCUGAGACUUCCGAGGCUCCGACCAAGGAGGCCGGGAAGCCCCCCACACCCCCUCCCAAGAUCCUAUCGGAGAAACUGAGAGCCUCCAUGAGUGGGGUGGAGGCUCUGGAGCCAGCCCAGAGUCCCGGGGCCUCCGAGCCCUCUGCCCCCGGCUCAGCACAGGUUUCAGUGAACGGCGUGGACGACAGUCCCGAGCCUGCCGAGCCAUCCCAGGCUGCUGGCGCUCCGGGAAGCCCCCCAAAGAACGCAACGGCUUCUACAGUGUUCCCCUGGGACCUGCCAUCUCAGAUCCAGCCCCGCCGCUCCUCCAUGGGAGACCUGCUUGGGGAAGGCCCCCGGCGCCCGCAGCAGCGGCUGUUCCGGGCCCAGCUGGAGGUGCAGGUGGCCUCCGAGCAGACGGAGAAACUGCUGAACAAGAUGCUGGCCGGCGAGCCGGCCCCGGUGAGCGCCGAGACGCUGCUCAGCGAGGCCGUGGAGCAGCUGCGGCAGGCCACCCAGGUCCUGCAGGAGAUCCGAGAUCUGGGAGACCUAAGCCAGGAAGCACCCGGGCUGCGGGAGAAGCGGAAGGAGCUGGUGACCCUCUACAGGAGAAGUGCACCCUAG